CCGCCGGACCAGGCCUGGAGGGGGCGGUGCCGCCGCCGAGCGCACGUAGAGGCUGCCUGGCUGCCGGCUUAGUAAGCGAGCAACCGCGCUCGGAUACAGUGGCUUUUCUUGUCCGGCCGUCCGAUGCUGAUGCUGCGGGCACCGCACCCGGGCCCCGGAGCCCUCAUGCCCCAGCCCGAUCGGGUGGACCUGGGUAGCUGCGGCAUGGGUGAAGAGGCUGGCCAGGCUGAGGGUCCUCGGACGCGCAGACCCUCCGGUCGCCGCGAAUCUACCUACAAGAUAAGCCGUCGGAGUUCAUCCGAGCUUGGAUUAAGGGGCUUCGACAGCGAAGACAGUGCCCCGGCUGUAGCUGUAGCUGUAGUCCCAGCCCCUGGCCCCGUGGACCUGGAGGUGAUGGAGCCGCCGGCUGCGGCUUCAGAGAGUUCUCAGUCUCAGGGUCUCCGCGUUGCUUCAGCCACGGGAUCCGCGGGCAGCGAGAGUCCUCCCGAGGCCAUCCCGUCGCACCCUCUGCUCUCUCCCGCGGAGAGCCGCCACGAUCGCGAACACUGGGAACAAGAGGAGAACGAAGAGGCGGAGACCCGGGCCGUGGCCACGUCUCCGGACGGUCGCUUUCUCAAGUUUGACAUCGAGAUUGGCCGCGGCUCCUUCAAGACUGUCUACAAAGGACUAGACACGGAAACCACCGUCGAGGUGGCUUGGUGCGAGCUGCAGACGAGGAAACUGUCCAAGAUGGAAAGGCAGCGCUUCAGUGAGGAGGUAGAGAUGCUGAAGGGACUCCAGCACCCCAACAUUGUCCGUUUCUAUGACUCAUGGAAGUCUUCCGUCAAAGGACAGGUCUGCAUUGUGCUGGUCACAGAACUCAUGACCUCAGGCACCCUCAAAACGUACUUGAAGCGAUUCAAGGAGAUGAAGAUGAAGGUUCUUCAGAGAUGGAGCAGACAGAUCCUUCGAGGACUCCAUUUUCUACAUACACGAUCCCCUCCAAUCAUUCAUCGGGACCUGAAAUGUGAUAAUGUCUUUAUCACAGGUCCCACUGGCUCAGUCAAAAUUGGGGAUCUUGGUUUGGCCACACUCAAGCGUGCAUCAUUUGCAAAGAGUGUCAUAGGAACCCCUGAAUUCAUGGCUCCAGAGAUGUAUGAAGAAAAAUAUGAUGAAGCAGUGGAUGUUUAUGCCUUUGGCAUGUGCAUGCUGGAGAUGGCAACCUCAGAAUACCCCUAUUCAGAAUGCCAGAAUGCAGCUCAGAUCUAUCGUAAAGUUACCUCGGGUAUGAAACCAAACAGUUUUUACAAGGUGAAGGUGCCUGAACUAAAGGAGAUCAUUGAGGGUUGCAUUCGGAUGAACAAAAAAGAAAGAUAUACAAUCCAGGAUCUUCUGGACCACUCCUUCUUCCAUGAAGAUACAGGGGUCCAUGUUGAACUGGCUGAAGAGGAUGAUGGGGUUAAGACCAAUCUGAAGCUUUGGCUACGGAUGGAUGACACCAAAAAGCUGCAUGGGAAGUACAAGGACAACAAUGCCUUGGAGUUUCACUUUGAGCUAUAUAAGGAUGUGGCUGAGGAAGUUGCCCAGGAAAUGGUGGUCCUAGGCUUUGUGUGUGAGGCAGACUACAAGCCAGUGGCCAAAGCAGUGCGUGAGCGUGUUCUUGCUAUCAAGCGCCAGCGUGAGAAGGCCAAACGAGCUCAUGAACAGCAGAAGCGGCAGGAGCAACCUCUAGCAAUGACUCCUGAUAUUCUGCAUCUGCUGGACCUGGACUCGCCCUCUCCUCUCAGUCCUGCACAGCCCUCCGCACCCACCACACCAGGGUCUGGUGAUUCUGCCCUCGGAUCCACCUUUCCCCCAGAGCCAGAAGAACCAGAGGUCGACCAGCACCAGCCUUUCCAGUAUCAUCCUAACUAUUCCUCUACCACAUCUGAUUGUGAGACUGAUGGAUACUUGAGUUCCUCUGGAUUUGUGGACUUGCCUGACAAGCUACAGAGUCACCCUAGCCCAAUAACUGUUCCUGAACAUUCCUUUGCUUCGAGCAUUGCUGUGAGCCUGGACCCUGCCUCCAUCAGUGACAUCUCUUCCCCUGUCGACAGUUACACAUCUGAUGUGGCGUCUGGCUUGAGCGAUGGCUAUGAGGGUCUCUCUGCAAGUGAAGGCAGAUCAAAGCCCCUGGCCAAGCGAGGCUCUGGAAGACUGCUGCGUCGUCGCGCUCGAUCUCGUCUGCGAAUUACGAAUAUGCCAAACCAGAAUGAUCAAGUGGUUGAGUGUCAACUACAAACAUAUAAUAACAAGAUGGUCACCUUCAAGUUUGACCUGGAUGGAGACAGUCCUGAGGAAAUUGCAGCUGUCAUGGUUGCCAAGGAAUUCAUCCUGAAAUCUGAACAGGAAGGAUUCAUCCGGCGAAUUCAUGAUAUUAUCCAGCGUGUAGAAACACUCCUUCAGAAGGAUAAGUUAAACAAAGACCAGGGGGCUCUGGGCAAGCCGGAUGUGCAAUGUAUGCCUCCUACGUCAGCUGCUAAUGGUCUCUCAGCUGAGCUGCCGCUGCAAGACCUCUCAUGUUCCAUCUCCUCAUCCUCGUCUCUUAGUGAUUUUGGUUGCCCUAGCCCAGGACAACUGAUAUCAUCACCUGUCCAAACUUCAGUGGUGGAUGCAGUUUUUGAGAAUGAGCCCUUUAGCCCCGUUGUACGCCCAUCAACUACUCAAAAUUUUGGGCAACCACUGCUUUCAACUACAUCUGCAGGUGUCCCCAGCAUGCCUGGACAGACCUGGCCAACCUACCAUAUGUAUCCAGGGACUCCUACAGCUCCCUCUUACCUUGUCCCCAUCCCUCAACCAAUUUCCCCACCAAAUUCUGCUCUCCCCACAUCACCCCUUACCUCAUCAACUGCCCCAUCCAUUGGCACUGCUGUGCAUGCACCGCCUGUCCCCAUGUGGCCCCCCUCUACUUCCCCAUUGUUCUCCCUCGCCAAUGUCUUCUCUCUGGCUGUGAUGAGUAUGGCCCAGUCACUUCUUCCAGCAGUAUCUGUAGGGACUGCCCAGACAGGGCCCCUCUAUACCUCACCAGUCCCACAGCCACCAAUACGCUGCCCACCAAGCUCAACUGCAGCACGUUUUAUCUACCCUGAACUGGUGUCUCCCCCAAAACCAGCCCACUUAGCCAACGGGAUGUUGGGGCCAAUGGUGUCUCCAGGCUCCCUGGUCACCUCAGUUGCUGGGAAUCCUGAGAACAGUCCAGUAACUCCUGUCUCUUCCUGGUCUGGAUCACAAUUACCUAUAUCAGAUCUGCCUACCUCCAGUGGUUCCUCUGCCCAACAAUCAUCCAUCAGUGAAGGUGAGCCCAAGCCACAAAUCCUGGGCCGUUUCCAGGUGACCCCCACACGGAAUAUCCCAUCAGAAUCCCCCCCCAAAGGCAACGGUCCUGACAUCUCGAGUACUUCCGAAUCUGAUAGUGGAUCUCCUGGUGAAACACCUGUGCAGGAAGCCGAGGAGGGCACCACCCCUGUGGCAGAAGGAGAAGGGGAAGGAGAGCCCAUACAUGGCAAUGUUGUCUGGAUGAAUUAUAUGCACAGCCCUUCCUAUCCAAGCAGCGACGAUUCAGACAGUACAGAAGAUGAUGAUGUCUGGAUUGAGCUGCAAGCCUUACGCCAGAAGCAUCUCUCUGAAGUAGAAAAGCUCCAAGCCCAGCAGAAACAAGAAAUAGAGGAGCUUUAUGCCCGCCUUGGCAAGGUGCCUCCUGCUGGAAUCGUGUCACCUGCAGCCAUGCUCUCCAGCCGCCAGCGCCGCCUCUCCAAGGGCAGCUUCAAUCCCCUGAGGCGCAGCAGCCUGCAGCGCCCAGACUCGGCACAGCCUCAAGGGAUCAUGAGGAGAAAUUCUGUGAGCGGCAGUGGCCUCCCCUCUCAAGAGCAGCGGCAUAGUAAAGGCGUGAAGUUUGCCAGUGACGUUGGAUGCCUGUAACCAGACCAUUUGUGGAUACUUUUGUGGACUCUACCUCAGCCUGUUGCCCACCCUCAAAAGGAUGGAAUGAAAGGGCCUUGUGCAGCAUCUGCCUUCUGCUCUAUUCAUAAGGCCAAUCACCAUCAUUCAGUAUGACAAAGAUAUCUUGAUAAAAGGAACAGAACUGCUGUCUCUGAGAAUUGUAUCACUACCAAUGGAGCAAGGAUUACAACACCUCAGUGCUACUGAGCUUCUCUCUGUAAGCUUUGGGUCUGCAAAGGGAUGCCAAGCCCCUGUUGUUUGGGAGGACUUCUCAUGAAAAUGCCAGGAUGUGCAUGGCUUUCUGCUGUUUCUCUCUUAUAAAGGAAUGCUACUGAAACAGAAGCAAGAUGCCCUAUGGGAUCCUUUGUUCUCUGGAGUGAAAUCCUCAUGCUUCAAGCUUUAUUGAUCUUUGUGCCUUGACAAGAGGAGGUCAAAAUCUAGACUGAGUGGAUGUUGCUUGCUCCUCUUAAUUCCCAAAGCCACCAAAGGCUCCUCUAAAUCUUUAAGCAGCUGUCUUAUGGGAGAUGAGUAUUAAAGGAAUUGGGGGCCCUCCUCAUUGCUUGAGCUGCAAGCUCAGCCCCAGCAGCAAUGGCAGUCUGCUUGAUCUCCUCUGCACUUUUUGAAAACUUUGCCUUGAUUGGAGUACAACUUUACUUACAGAGGUAUCUGCACUUUGGAGUGAAACCCUUGGGUAUGAAGUUUUUAUAUAUCUACUGUAUAUAUAAAGUUGGGCUUUGGAAGGAAAGUUGAUGUUGCAUAAGUUAUUUUCCUUUUUAUACAUCUAAAGUUGUCAUGUAGCAACUCCAAAAUGAGGAAACUGGUAUGUCCAUGUAAACCUGUAAUUACUAUAACAUGCCAAUCCAUAUUCAGCUAAGGUUCCCCUCAAACAGGCAGCACCAAUCUGGCCAAAGUAAAUAAAAGAUGAACCCAAAGGAAAUAAGUAAAUAUAUAUUCAGAGAACAUUCCAAAUUCUUUGAUCCUUUCUUUCUCUUUCCCCUGUACAGUACUCACUAUUGCAUUCUGAGCUCCCCGCUAAGAUUGAGUUCAGGCCAACGGCUUUUGGUAGAGCUACUCUUUUUUUCCUCCAUAACCUUUUUGGAUACAAAAAAUGAGAAAAGCAGAUAGUAGGGAAACAAGUAAGGGUUGCAAGUAGGAGAUAAUGACAUCCACCCCUACCUUCCCCCGUGUAUUUCUGUCAAUAAGGCAGGCAUUAGCACAACAAAAGCUUC